CGGACGUGUUGCGGUGGAGUGCCGUGCAGUCGAGGCUCCUGAGCCUAACGAGGCGCCAUGGUGGGAGUGGGAACUCGGGUUGGGGAGAGGAAGGGAACCUGGGAUGGCUUUUGCCGCGGCGGGUUUGGGGAGUCGAGAGUGACCUGUGCUGCGGCGGAGCUCGCGGAGCGCUGCCGCUUGCGGCCCUGCGGUGGCGUAAGGCCGUGUGUGGGAGUGGAGAAAUUAACAAGAGAGCUGAGAGUUCGAGGGAGGUGACGUGUAGAAGUUGUCUGGUGGUAAAUGAGACAAAACAGGUGGAAAAGCAACGAAACCGGCUUUGCAGUGCGAAGGACGACGGUUGAGGGACAAGAACGCCUACCGCAUCGGCGGCGGCAUUUCUUGUGGUGCCUAAAACGAUUGGGGGCUGCACGCAGCCAAGCAGAGGAGAGGCGUGUGUCCGGCGGCCAAUGGCGUGCCACCGUGCCGUGAAGGGGCGCGGCUGUGCGGCGGUGUCUGCGCCUCUGCUCCCGCCCCAGACUGCGCGGGGCUGCGCGCUGGGGAACGAGAGCCUGGGGUGGUGUGAAAGCGUUGGAAGCUCAUUGCCAACCCAAUAGAAGUGCAGAUAAAUGCAGAGUGAGCCUCACUGGCAAAAGGCUAGUGACAGAACCACGAGGGUGAGAAUUCAAACAUGUAGUUGAAGAUGAGAGUUUUGAUGAAGCUUUAAAGACGCUCUCUACCUCUGUGUUUUCCUAGAUCAGCUAAAUACACAGUAAUAGUAUAUAAUAUAUGUAUAGUAUAUAAUAAUAAGCUAGAAUAAGAGUUUCAGUCUCAGAUGUAAAACAAAAUUGGGGUUUUGAGUGAUUUAAACGUAAGUGCCAUGCUUCCUCACCCAGAUGAUUUAGUAGAGGAACCCAAAUAUGAGUGGAUUGCCUGGCACUAGUUAUGUGCUUAUUGUAAAGGAAAACAUACUUAGAGGUCUUGUGCAGAAAAAAUUCUUGCAACAUUACUCAGUACAUUAUUGUCAACAGAUCAAGGAAAUAGAGGGUUAUUAUAUAAAGAAGGCUUCUAAAACCAAAGAAAGGUGAAAAAGAGACUAAACGGAAUAUUAUACACAGGAUAUACGUGCUCUGUGGUAAGGAAUGAUGAUACUGCAUUCAUCCUGCGUGACCACGUGGUAUCUAAGAUCCUCCAACAUUCUCAACGUUAAAUCCUAGAAUCUUUACAGUUGGUCAUCUGGUCAAACUCCCCGGCAAUGAUUAGGGAAAAGCACAGCUAGAUUAGAUUGCCCAGGGCUUGAUCCCACCUUGCCUUGUAAGUCUCCAGGAAUGAGGCAUCAACCACAACUCUAGGCAGCCUGUUCCAGUGCUUUGCCACCCUUGCUGUAAAAAACUGUUUCCUUCUAUCCAACCUAAAUGUGUUUUACUUUGUGACGUUCGCCUGUACCCACUGCUCAAGCCUGCUUAGGUCCCUCUGGAUGGCAUCCUGUUCCUCUGGUGUGUCAACUGCAGCCCACAGCUUGGUGUCAUUAGCAAACUUGCUGAGGGUGCACUUGACCCCACUUUUGAUGUUGCUGAUGAAGGUGGUAUCAAAGAGUACCAGUCCCAGCACUGAUCCCUGGGGGACGCUGCUUGUCACCGAUCUUCAUCCAGACACUGAGCCAUUGGCCACUGCUCUCUGGACUCGAUUCUGCAGCCAGUUGUUCAUCCAUUGAACAGUCCACUCAUCAAAUCCAUAUAUUUCAUAUAUAUUUUCAUAUAUUUCCAUAUAUUUAAGGACUGUGAUUGAAGGACUCUGACACAAUACCCCACAACAUCCUUCUCUCCAAAUUGGAAAUACAUGUGGCUCUUCUGUUGUCCGUUGAUGCAGUGACACUGCCAUAAAAGACUGCUAGGUUGGUCAAGCAGGAUUUGGCCUUGGUGAAGCCGUGCUGGUUCUCCCUGCCUUCCAUGUGCCUUAGCUCACAGAGGUGAGACUGAUGGGUUGGUAGUUUUGAGGGUCAUCAUAUUAUCCUUCUUAGAAGUGGGUGUGCUGUUGACUUUUUCCAGUCACCAGAGACUGAUUGCCAGGACUUUGCAGAUGUCAUGGAGAGUGGCUUGGUGACCACAUCAGCUAAUUCCCUAAGGACUCUGGGAUGCAUUUCAUCGGGACUCAUAAACUGGCAGAUGUUCAGGUUCCUCAGGUGGUCAAAAACGUCAUCUUUGCUUACAGUGGGAGGGACGUUGCUUCCCCAGUUCCCUCCUGCUAAACCAAACAUUUGAGGGCUGUUUGGCGAGCAGUUAUCAGAGAAGAUUGAAGCAAAGCAGUUGUUAAGUACCUCAGCCUUCUCCUUGUCUGUUGUUACCAGAUCGCCUGUGUCACUUACUAGGCAUGGUAUGCAUUCCUGGACUUUCCUUUUCUGGAUGAGGUACCUGUAGAAGCCUUUCUUGUUCUUCUUGGUAUCCCUUGCCAAAGUUAGGCCAAGCUGGGCCUUGGCUUUCCUGACCCCCUCCCUGCACAGACUUGCAGCUUCUUUGUAGUCUUCCCAUGGUACCUGUUUGCACUGCCUGUACGUUUUCUUCUUGCUCUUCCAUUUGACCAGCAGGUCCUGGUUCAGCCACGCCUGUCUCUUGCCUUCCUUUCCUGACAGCGUAGAUCAGCAGCAGUGAGUAGAUUCAUGCUAGCAGCAGACUGUUGGGUCAUUUUAAUUGUCACUCAAGCAGCCGAGGUAAUAAUGCAGCAGGGAAAGAUCACUACGGUAUAACCCACAGAUAGCAAGUUAUUUUGAGAGUGAAAUCUAAGUGACGGAUAGCCCCAGAUCUCACGUUAUCAUUGUCCUUUUUUUUGUUUGCAGCGUGAAUGCAUAUCCAUCCAUGUUGGUCAGGCUGGUGUUCAGAUUGGCAAUGCAUGCUGGGAAUUGUAUUGUCUUGAACACGGGAUCCAGCCUGAUGGUCACAUGCCCAGUGACAAAACUAUUGGAGGCGGAGAUGAUUCAUUUAACACUUUCUUCAGUGAGACGGGAGCUGGUAAACAUGUUCCCAGAGCAGUGUUUGUGGACCUGGAGCCAACGGUAGUCGAUGAAGUACGUACAGGCACAUAUAGGCAGUUGUUCCACCCUGAGCAGCUCAUUACUGGGAAAGAAGAUGCAGCUAAUAAUUAUGCCAGAGGCCAUUACACCGUUGGAAAAGAGAUUGUUGAUCUAGUGUUAGACCGCACGCGCAAAGUGGCUGAUCUGUGCACUGGGCUGCAAGGUUUCCUUAUCUUUCACAGUUUUGGAGGAGGCACUGGUUCAGGGUUUACAUCUCUGCUCAUGGAAAGGCUCUCUGUUGACUAUGGCAAAAAAUCUAAACUAGAAUUUGCAAUUUAUCCAGCACCACAGGUUUCUACUGCUGUAGUGGAACCUUACAAUUCAGUUUUAACUACUCAUACAACACUGGAGCAUUCAGACUGCGCAUUCAUGGUAGAUAAUGAAGCCACUUAUGAUAUAUGUCGUCGCAACCUGGACAUAGAACGUCCCACUUAUACCAAUUUAAAUCGACUAAUUGCGCAAAUUGUUUCAUCCAUCACAGCUUCACUACGUUUUGAUGGAGCCCUUAAUGUAGAUCUGACAGAAUUUCAAACUAACCUUGUUCCGUACCCACGAAUCCAUUUCCCCUUGGUAACAUAUGCCCCUAUCAUCUCUGCUGAAAAAGCCUACCAUGAGCAGUUAUCCGUGGCUGAAAUUACCAAUGCUUGCUUUGAACCAGCCAACCAGAUGGUAAAAUGUGACCCACGUCAUGGUAAAUACAUGGCCUGCUGUAUGUUAUACAGAGGUGAUGUUGUCCCUAAAGAUGUCAACGCAGCUAUCGCUACUAUCAAGACUAAACGUACCAUUCAGUUUGUGGAUUGGUGCCCAACUGGAUUCAAGGUGGGCAUUAACUACCAGCCUCCAACUGUGGUGCCAGGUGGCGACCUUGCAAAGGUGCAGAGAGCUGUAUGUAUGCUGAGUAAUACCACUGCCAUUGCUGAAGCAUGGGCUCGUCUCGACCAUAAAUUCGAUUUGAUGUAUGCCAAACGUGCCUUUGUACAUUGGUACGUUGGGGAAGGAAUGGAGGAAGGAGAAUUUUCCGAAGCCCGGGAAGAUCUGGCUGCCCUUGAAAAAGAUUAUGAAGAAGUUGGGAUAGACUCUGUAGAAGCAGAGGCUGAAGAAGAGGAUGAAUACUGAAAAUG